AGCAGAAGUAAUAGGGUAAUCUAUUAUACAGUCCAACUCUUUCCCACCAGGAUGUGGUCCUCGUUGGCACUGCUUCUCUCCGCUCUCAUCCACGUGUCGCUGCAGGGCCCUCACCAGAGGCUCCUGCUGAAGAACCUCCUGAAAGACUACAACCAGAUGGAGCGGCCAGUGGGCAAUGACUCCCACCCUCUCACCGUUGUCUUUUCGCUUAGUUUGGUACAGAUCAUGGAUGUGGACGAGAAGAACCAAGUGCUCACCACCAACAUCUGGCUGCGGAUGAGCUGGUUUGACCACUACCUCCAGUGGAACCAGACUGAGCACCCUGGGGUGAAGAACCUUCGCUUUACCACAGACCAAAUCUGGACACCAGAUAUCCUGCUUUACAACAGUGCAGAUGAUGACUUUGACUCCACCUUUAAGACAAACGUUCUGGUCAAUUCCAGCGGAUAUGCUGAGUAUCUUCCCCCAGGAAUCUUCAUGAGCACGUGCAAUGUGGAUGUUCGCUGGUUCCCCUUCGACAUCCAGAGGUGCGAGCUGAAGUUUGGCUCCUGGACAUACGACGGUUGGCUGUUGGACCUCCAGAUGAAUGACGCUGACAUCUCAGGCUAUAUGCCCAAUGGAGAGUGGGACCUAGUGGGAGUCCCUGGCACCAGGAGUGAGGCCUUCUAUGACUGCUGUAAGGAGCCGUACCCUGAUGUGACGUUUGUUGUGACCAUCCGGCGGCGAACGCUCUACUAUGCCCUUAACCUUCUCAUCCCUUGUGUGCUGCUGUCCUCCAUGACCCUGCUCAUCUUCGUGCUGCCUGCUGACUCGGGAGAGAAGAUCUCUCUGGGUGAGCGGACCGGGGAGGGUUGA